CAUUCACAUUUUGACCUUGUCGGAUUCACUGCCCUCAGAUUGAUAGAAAGUUGCUUUCUGGAGAUACCGAACCACAAGUCCACUUGCUGUGGUCCUCAAAAGCAACAUGUCAAAUUCCAUUUAUACCCAAUAUCCUCCUGACCUGGACAGCCAGCAAGAAGCUUUUUUAGUCCAGACAGUCAAAAACUGGACGGUAGAACAUGCCCUCACAGUCAGGCCUUCGGCGGCGAUAGUGCCUACAGAGUUCAAUUCAGGAAAUACGUUGGCUACUAAUGCGCCUGUGACGCUGUUCCCGAGUCCUUUUCCCGAGUCCUGCUUCGAGCAGGCCCGAGGUCUUCAACAGAUUUACAACGAGCUUUAUGCUGCGAUAGCGAGUGAUGAGCAGUGGCUGGAGACUGUUAUGAAGGAGCUCAUCGAAGUCGACGACUUUCUUGCCAACUUGUGGAAAAUCCACCUCGAUGUCAAGCGAGAAGGCUAUGUUCAAGAUAUGACUCUCGGACUGUUUAGAUCUGAUUAUAUGCUCCAUACCCCCGAGGAUGGCCCGCAGUCCCUGCGGCAGGUUGAAUUCAAUACGAUAUCCUCAUCCUUUGGAGGUCUCUCUUGCCGCGUUGCCGAGAUGCACACCCAUCUGGCAACGUAUCCUUCGCCUCAGCAUCCAGUCGCGUACCCUCCUCACCCUCUGUUUAGCAACUCCAAAGAGACACGGAUCAAAACUACCGGACGCCCGCCCGUCAAUGCUGCAGUAUCGACCCUAACAGCAGGCCUCGCCGCCGCCCAUCAAGCUUACGGACCUUCGAAAUCAUCACCACAGCUCCCGACUUGCGUACUCUUUAUAGUUCAAGACACCGAGCGCAAUGUCUUUGACCAACUAGCCCUGUCUAGCUUUUUGCACAAAGAGCACGGAAUCCCCUCUUUCCGCCUCCCAACGAGCAAGAUCACGACGUAUACAACUGUCGCGUCCACACCCACCCGUCCGUUGAUCUACACGCCUCCCACCGAUAAAUCAACACAAUACGAAGUGACCGUCGUCUACUACCGUGCACUCUACGCCCCUACAGAGUACACCGACGCCCAGACAUGGAACGCGAGACAUUGGCUCGAGCGCAGCGCAGCCAUCAAGUGCCCCAGCAUCCUCCUCCACCUUGCGGGGUCCAAGAAAGUCCAACAAGUCUUGACGUCUAAACCCCCGGGUCCCGACCACCUGAAGUCAUUCCUGCCGAAACAGACGGACUCUACCCUCGAGAGCCUACGCUCGACAUUCGCCCCGCAAUACUCGCUGUCAUCAUCCGACCCGGCCGUGCCAGCCGAAGGCAUCAAGCUCGCUCUCGAUGCGGCCACGGCCGCCAACCACGUCCUCAAGCCCCAGCGCGAAGGCGGAGGGAACAACAUUUACCGCACCAACAUCCCCGCCUUUCUCAAAUCCAUCCCUGAGUCUCAAUGGAAGCAGUACAUCCUCAUGGAACUGAUCCACCCCCCGAAAGAUGCCAAGAACUUUGCUCUGCGCAGCGACGGCGCCGCAGCGCUGGACAAUGUGAUUUCCGAGCUGGGCAUCUUCGGCACCUGUCUAUGGAAGAAGACACCCGGCGGUAAAACCGCCGAGAUCCUCCACAAUACAGAAGGCGGGUAUCUAUUGCGCACCAAAAGCAAAGAGAGCGAUGAAGGCGGCGUCGCGGCCGGCUUCAGUUCAUUAGAUAGUGUGAUUUUAUACAAAGACUAGAAGAAGAUAUGUGAGAUAUUGUCAGCGG